GCUCCAAUUGUAAUAGACAGAGAAACACCAAAUCAGCAGACGGUCAGCUCACUAGUGCUGGAGCCAAGCCUAAAUGUAUAGUUCUCGCUCCGUAAAUUGUCUGCGGCACAGGCAGAUUUUGUCGAAAGGAAACUGUGCUACCCCGCAACGAUCGACAAAUACGUUUUUUCAAAACUUCCAGCAAAAGCUACCGGUGGUCAGCCACAGAUCUGCAUUCUACCAAUUUCGCUACCUCUCUUCCGCUGCGGCAAACAUGUCUAAAGAUGUCGCGUUUGCUGCGGCAGGUGCUACAAAGAAAACAACAAGUGAUAGUUCGAAUAUAUUCAUUGACAAUAUUGGGACUAUUUUCCUCUCCGCGAUUGGCUUAAUUGUUGCCUCCUUGGUAAGGUCUUCGUACGGGACAUCAAAUAAGAACAAGGUUCGGGAUGCUAUCGAGGAAGAAGCAGCAAUUGAUCCCCUGGAAAUGGAUGACUUGCGCAUCGCCAACUCCGAACUGAACCUAUCCGUAUUUUCCAAAGUGUCGAAUGACUUGUUUGACGUUUUUCCUGACGGCCAAGCGACGUAUCAUGAUUUGGUAUAUCAGGUUCGCCAAUCGCUACAACAUCAGGUGGAUGCGAACGAUAAGUUGGGCAUGGUAGGCACGAUCGAGUUUGGGCAUAUUUUGGAUAGAGUGACUUUGGGAGCUCUACGGAAGCACCAGCAAUCAACGGAUGAACCGCAACCCCUCCUUUUCUGGUUGACGGCCCUAUCUCUGGCUCUGAACGCUCCUGUUCCGGACCGCAUCCAAAUGCUAUUCAAAAUCGCUCACCAGCAACACGAAGUAGUGACAAUUGACGAAGUUCGCAGGAUGGUUGGGUAUCUACAAGAUACUUGCCAAUUACUGGGAAGGAGCGACGGAUGA